AUGGAGUUUCUUGGGGAUCCAAUCAUCAAUAAGAAAUUUAGGACUACCAAUUUAGUAGGUAAAUUUACACAAAGUGUUCGUAGGAUAGUCCAAGAUGUUAAAGAUGAAGGUGCACCAAGUGGUAUGAGUCGAGAGGAGGUUAUUGAAACAAAUGAAAGACUUCGAGCUCUAAGACUUCGUUUAGAAGAUUCAUAUGAGACUGCAAAACAAUCAUUAGUUACCUUAAUGAAAAAAUACAGUGACUCAAAAACCCAUCGGAAUAUUUUUCAAAGAUAUACAAUGUUAAAAUUAAUGAUAAAGGAAGUUAUACGCUUAGAAAGACAAUAUUGGACGCUUAUAGAUAUUCCAAAACAAGAAAAACAAGAAACUGUUCCAUCGUAUGUAAUGAGAGCUUGUACAAUAAUGGAAAAAACACAAAAGUCUGGCGAAGGUGUUAAAACUUCAGCAAAAUUAGCAGAAGAAGCGGCUGAAAAACGAGAACGAAUGGAACGACUUGAAAAUAUGACAACUGCACAAAUAGAACAUGAGAAUAAUCAAAAUGUUAAUGAUUUAUAUCGAUUAUUAAAAAAAUAUUUGGGACUGAGACAGUUAAUUCGAGCCCUUAAGGAUGAUUAUGAAAGUUCAAAAAUGUACCCAAUUUUCCCACGUUAUACAAUGCUUAAAGAUAUGAUUAAAGGUAUUAUGCAUGACCCUGAUUACAUGGAAGUUUGUCAUGAAGUUAACCUUAUAAAUUAAAAAAAAAAAACUGAACAUUAUUAUAGUAGAAAUUUUAUUUAGAAAAACAAAUACUAAAAAUAAAAUAUUAUUUU